AUGGGUGAGUUUAGUAGCAUCCUCGAGAAGAAGACGAAGAAGAAGGAGAUGUUACAGUCGAGAGAUGACUUGACAUGUUGGCAGCGUUACCAUCUGGUGGUUGCCAGAGAGGAUCUCCUGGUGGUGACUCAGCACAUCAUGCUAUCCGUUGACUCGGAUGGUUUGUAUGUCGACUUCGACUCAGAUGAUUCUGAGAGACCAGCUUUUGAGCUUCCGACCGUGACUAUUGAUUUUGAUGUUCAUAGAUAUGAUUGGGAGGAUGGGGAUUUAAAGUAUGUGGAAGGUUCGAGUUUGGGUGGUUGGGCUCUUUUCUUUGGUGCGAGUAGCCAUUCUGUUGCGUUGCGUGCGAGUGACUUCCCGGAGCUGAAGCCCAACUCUAUAUACUUCACGGAUGCUUUAGAAUUGAGUUUGAAUCAAGGUAACCAUGACAUUGGCAUUUUCAGUUACAUGGACAAGACUGUGUCACCAUGCUAUUAUCCAUGCGAUCCUGCCGACCUAAAACCGAUUUUCCCAGCGCCCAUCUGGUUUUUCCCAACCAGCUUCUGA